AUGUCAAAAACUCAACUUCAGUAUGGCGUGUUAUCAACCUAUCAACAUCAUUGGUUUCUACGCCGACCAGCUGAUGAACCAUCGGUGCUUUAUAUUUCAAAUACCCUUCUAAUACAGUCUCAAUCACCACCGGUUCUUAAAACAUAUGCAUAUAUAGUUCAGGUUUUAUGUGCAGAUUCCUAUUUUAGGAAUCUUGUUAUAACUACUGAUAAAAGAAAAAAACAGUCAGUUUUUGAUUCUGAAUCAGCUACUAAAUCAACUAAGAAGGAAAGAACGACAGUCAUAGCUUCUAAGAAGAAAUCAUCUUUUAGUAUAAACGAAAAAGGGCAGACACCUAUUCAAAAUCUUAGCUUUGCAGAUUUCAAAUAUAAGAGUAUAUUAGGUCAAGGACAAACUGAAAAGACACUCCUAUGUAAAUUUCACGGAAAUACAAUUGCUUUAAAGUGUACUGAUCUAUCAAAAACCCCACAUAUCUUGAAAGAAAUGCAACAAAAAGUCAAUAUUUAUAUAAUUCUCUCUGAUAUUCAGGGAAUUCAUAUUUCAAAUUUGUUGUGUUAUGGCUUUUAUGAUGGAAUGUAUUAUGCUAUCAGAAUGACUCUUGUUGGUUCUGCUUUAAAUAAUUAUAAACAUAUAACAGGACAGCAAAGAGUUAUAGGUCUUCUUGCAUUAAAUGUAAUUCACAAUAGAGGUGUACUUCAUAAUGAUAUUCGUAAGGAAAAUAUUUUGCUUGAUAAUACUAAUAAUGUUGUUUACUUAAUUGACUUUGGGAUGGCAAAAUAUCAUUGUGACACUAAGAAAAUUUGCAUAAUUAUUAUGAAGCGAUAA